AUGUUCGCACGCUAUGGAAUUCCAGAUAUCGUUCGUUCGGACAACGGCCCGCAGUUUACUUCGGCGGAAUUCCUACGGUUCUUGGUCACCCAGGGGGCCAAACUUGUGACGUCAAGUCCACACUUUCCGCAAAGUAACGGACAGGCGGAACGCACAGUACAAACGGCUAAGGCUCUCCUGUCCAAAGCUCCAGAUAUUGACAGAGCGCUCCUGGCGCAUCGAAGUACACCAGGGGCAUGUGGCUACUCUCCGGCAGAGCUCCUCAUGGGUCGACGUCUCAAGACCAACGUUCCAGUCAAUCCAGCUUCACUUGUUCCACCAUGGCCCCAGGUUCGAAAGUACCGGAGGCGGUACAAGAAGCUCCAACGCUCCCAGGCGCAGGGGUACGACAGCCGACAUCGCGCAACGGAGCGACCUCAACUAAAACCAGGAACAGCGGUUCGCAUCCUAGCCGGCGCUGCUGCACACGGCACCGUGAUCGGACACGCGGAUACACCAAGAUCGUACAUGGUCAGGACCGAAACUGGCCUAGCAAGACGGACCCGAACACACCUGCAGGAGACAACUCCCACGGGGGAUGCCUCCAUACAUGCCGAAAGAACGUCGGGACAACCGCCAGUGACAAGGGGACAAAACAGCGGACAGUCAGUGACCCAAACCAGAUCAGGGCGACUGGUGAAAAAACCAGAACGUUACGGGUACGGGGACUGUUCGUAA